CUCCGUCCCUCCGUCCUUCCCUCCCACCUGCUUGCCUGGCCUGCCAGAUUCAGAAGCAAGGACCCAGCUGGCGGCAGCCUCAGGACACCUCUUCUGCCUGUGGUUCCUAGAGGAAGCUAGCCUCAGAGAUGACCUGGAGACAGGUCCUCCUCCUGUCCUGCGUCUCGGCCGUGGUGCUCCUGUCCAUGCUGCAGGAGGGCACCUGUGCUUCCGUGGGCACCAGGCAGGCAGCAGGAGAAGAGGCCCAGGAAGAUGUGAAACAGAAGAUUUUCAUGCAGGAAUCGGAGGCCUCAAAUUUCCUCAGGAAGCGUGGCAAGAGGUCCCCAAAAUCCAGAGAUGAGGUCAAUGCGGAAAACAGGCAGAAGUUGCGGGCUGACGAGCUUCAGAGAGAAUAUUAUGAAGAACAGAGGAACGAAUUCGAGAACUUUGUGGAAGAACAGAAUGAUGAACAGGAAGAGCGGGGCCGGGAGGCCGUGGAGCAGUGGCGUCAGUGGCAUUACGAUGGCCUGUACCCAUCCUAUCUCUACAACCGCCACCACAUCUGACCCCACUGAGGCAAACCCAGAAGAUGGAGCUGGAAGCACACCUACCACCUGCAGGGCAGCAAUGCUCCCCACACAGUUGGGCCCCUUCUAGGGCUUCAGUUUACGACCUGCUGUGGGCCACAGCCCUGGUAAAUGUCUCUGUCCUGAUGUGUUAAAAUGCCCCAAGUUCACAUCUUCGCAGAUGUCUUCUAAAGUGAGCAACUGCCUGUAGUGCUUAGCAUCAAACCUUAGAGUGGUUUCCCCUUGCUUAGCCAUCGUUCCCAAAGACAGACUCCUAUCUGAUAGAACUAUCAUAAGGAUUGCAGUAAAGAGAAAAAAUGACACAUUUGUCACAGCUUACAAAUAAAAACGCUGAAUUG